AAAAACAAAAAAAAUGUCAACAUCACUGUGCGCUGCACUAUGAAACCAACAAACGACCCCUGAAACGCCGCUUUUCUUCGUCUACACAAGUGAACAUGCUUUAGCACUCACCUGUCGAAGAUGGCUGCAUGUUCCACCGGCCAGUCCUCCCUUGUGCACAGCUUGGCCACACUCCUCCGAAGUAACGGUGAUGUGGUGCUGGACGGCAGCAGCACGCUCACCCUACCAGCUGACAGCUUGCAGCAGCUCACCCGGCUGUUUGAACGUAACUUGCAGUCCAGGAGCCAGCAGCAUGGGUUCCUCGCGCUGGCCUCCCACCCCGCCGACACGGACUCCCUGCUGCAGCUGCAGUUCCUCUUCGACAUUCUGCAGAAGACCGUCUCCCUUAAGCUUAUCAACCCGCCAGACGUGAGACUACAGUCUGUGGUGAAAAUCUUCCCUUUCAAGUCUCUGAAGUGUUUGGAGCUGAAGAGAAUCCCUCCACACUGUCUGGAAGGCCUCAGAGGGGUUUACUCCCAGUUGGAAGUCUUUACCUGCUCCAAAAGCCUCAGCUCCCUGGAGGAGCUACUUUCUCUGUGUGGAGGUGACCUGAGCUCUGCACUGCCUUGGCUGGAACUUCACACCCUCAACUUCAGCUACAACUCCAUCGUCUGCCUUGACCAGUCACUAAGUUUACUGAAUGUCCUGAAAUCUUUGGAUCUGAGCCAUAACAAGAUUCAGGAGUGUGCUGAAUUUCUAAAGCCCUUAAGUGAGUUAAGACACUUGAACCUGGGCUACAACUGCCUGCAGAGGGCGCCAACGCUGGGUCCGAGUGCCAAAGCCAAGCUCCUCACGCUCAUCCUCAGGAAUAACGAACUGGAAACGAUCAACGGUGUGGAGCAGUUGUCUUCGCUCCAGCACUUAGACCUGGCCUACAACCUCCUGUUGGAGCAUUCCCAGCUGGCUCCUCUCUCCUUACUGCACUGCCUCAACACACUUAACCUGGAGGGAAACCCGCUGUACUUCCAGAAGGCCCACCGCGUUUGCACCGUCCGACAUCUCUCGCCAAAGGUUCCCAGCCUCAGGCUCAGGCUUGAUGGUACCCCGCUGUCCUCAUCUGAGUUAUCGGUUCUGCCAAAACCAGGUCAGCUGAUCGUCCAGGCCCAGACUUUGCCGUCAACCGCUGCUGUGCCAUCCGACCGGAGUAACCAAGACGUGUCCAGCGGAGCAGGGGAGCUCAGUGACAGCGUGUCCGUCGGAGAAGUCGGGGUCUCGAACUUGCGCAAGAAAAAAUCUCGGAGUAAGGUGAAAGUGCGAAGGGCCAGCAUCUCCGAGCCCAGUGACACUGAUUACGAGCCCAGACCUCUGUCCUCCGCACAGGCUAUUGCCCUCCCCCACCAGGAGGAGAUCGAGCGCAUGUCCAGCUUCAGGGAGCAGCUGGGGGAAGACUGGCUGAGAUACCAACACCAUCUAGAUGGAGGAGCGUCUUCAACCAUCACCGCCACUGUCAGCACAAACCAAGCAGACCCUCAGUGUCAGACCCUCUCCAAUGGCCUCAGCACCACCACCACCCCAUGUCCACCUACAAAUUCUGGGCAGCAGCCAUCUCCAUCGGCGUCCGUAGAUGCCCUGGAAGUCCUCCCUCCACCACUUCCCCCCUCAGAACCCAAAAGGGAGACACCUUACAUGAACGACACAGACUCCACCUUGCAGUGGCCCAAUGAGAGCCCUCAGCAGGAAUCCACCUUGAACGAUAACGUGGUCGAUGGCCUCGUGGUCAGCCAGGGAGGACGUAACUCACCUCAACCAAGCCAAGAGUCCCAGAGCUCUACUCAAGUAGCGAGUGGAGACACCAACCCAGAAGAAGAAGAGGACCUCGGAGUGGACCUGUGUCACCCCCUGCUCGUGGGUGUCCUUUCCGACAAAGAGGAUGGAAUCCACGAAGGUCAAGGGGAGAGUAAGGGAAGAAGGGAGGUGUUCCUACGAGUCAAACAAGGCCUGGUGCUGGAGGUGGACGUGCAGUGCGGCCAGGAGAGAUGCCGCCUGGAGCUGGACAGCCUGGCCCGGGUGGACACCAUAGAGGCUGCGUGGACCCGAGGGGAUACAGAAAAGCUGUUUCCAGCUGUGGAGCUUCAGUUUGACUACAUCAGCAAGGAAAAAAGGAGGAGAUGCUACGUCCUGCUCGAUGAUGACCCGCAGCACGCACUGCAGGCUCUGACUGAGAUACUGUCUCGCGUGGCCGAGGAAAACCAACGGCGCGACGCCGAGCUCUGGCCCAGCUGCGUUCGUCUGCAGUGCCUCCGCUGCAGGUCAGAGUUCACCCUUCAGACGGAAGGUAGCGAGGAGAAGGCCGGAGGAAGAAUGAGGAAGAGGGGGUCCGUGAUGCUACCGGAGGGUGCGGACGAGCAGGACGGGGAGGAGCCGACGGAGACGACGGACUACGACGACAACGGCAAAGGAAAAAGUCACAUUUGUCCAGAAUGUGGUAGUGACCAUGUGGUUCAGGUGGCCGGCCAAUCGGCUCCUUACAGCAGCACGCCGAUCCGUUCAUCGAGGCCCGACAGCGAUGACGACCAUCUCGAUAUAACCCAGAGCACCAGGAGUGCCACUCAGUGUGAUUACACAGAUGCCAGUGAUAGCGCGAGUCCCAUCCUGGAAGCUCACACGGCCGCGGACGAGCCCUCGUUUGUCACAGCUCAAGGGAGCUCCUUCUUCAUCGGGGAGAGUCCCGGUAACACCAGCAGUCUCUCCUACAACAUCGAAAGUAAAGAGGAACUCGCGGGGAGCUACCGCUACACCGUUAGCGGUGACACGCCGCCUCAAGUCCCAGCCCAACCUGCAGGGCGAUCCUCCGUUAAGGGUGAUUUGGACCUUCUGUCUGAGGACUACGAGGCCGUGGACCACCGGCUGAAGCUCUUCCUGGAUGUGGAGGUCUUCGAGGAGGAAGAGGAGCUUCAUUCUUUCCUCAAGAUGUCAGCUGUUAAAUUUGGGGAGCCUGGGGAAGUUCCCUCGCUGCUGGUCGUGUCAAACCAGCGAAUCUAUUUCCUGGAAAUGACAUCAGAUGAGCAAGUCCAGCUCACUGAUUGGCUUCAGAAGAAGGACAGCUACCCAAUCAUGGAGCUCAGCUACCUGGAGGUGGGGCUGGGCUCUCAGAGCAUCCACAUGGAGUACGGAGAUAGCGGCGUGGCCUACACCCUGCUCGUGAGAGACAGUGUACGCUGCAAGCGCUUCUUUGGCCUCCUGACAGGAAUCGUACGCGAGAUGGCCCACAAGUCAGACAGCAAGCUGAAGUCCAUCUCCACGACGAGGCUCACCCCUCAGCACCACCUCUGGCCUCUCGUGUGCGAAGACAUCCAGGCAGACAUGCAGGACGGACAGCCGCAGUUCUUCUACAUUUUGGCUUUCGUCCUGCGAGAGGAUAUUUGGACGCCGCUGACUGUCCUGGCGACCCGAGAAACCCUCUACCUGCUUCAAGAGGACCACCAGUGGAGGAAGAACAGCCCCGCGCCGGACGAAAGCAAGGAGCCGUGCAGCGGGAGCGUCGCCGUUUUGGAAACCCUCCCCAUCAGCUGUGUGAGCUCCGUUCUCCUGUGGCCCUCCGACGAGUGCAGGAUGGAUAUUAAGCUUUACGAUGAGACUGUGAAACAGGAGAAGACGUGGUGUGUGCGCUCGGAGGGCGGCGAGCUCCUCCAGGGUCUGCUGGCCUGGGUCACAGCGCAGUGGGAGGCCAUGUUCGGAGUAAAACUGCACACGAGUCUGCGAGACAAAGCAGCAUAAGGGAAGGGAACGCACUGAAAAAAAAAGAAGGAAACGUCACAGACUCGUGUGCUUCUGUGUGUUUUGCGAGUCGGCGUUGGUACUGUGUGUGGGGGAGAAGUUUACUGAGCGUCUUUAUUUUCUCUCCCCACCGUCUGCUCUCAGUCUGGUCCCAUUACGCUUUGUUGCUUUAAGCCAAGGACUUGGAAACGAUUGCACUCAUUCAUGUGGUACACAAGCCUGUAAAAGCACUGGUUGCAUAAUUUCUCCUCCAGAUACCAUCCCACUGAGCGGCUGAAAUGGAGUGUGCCUUGUUUCUUUUGUACUUUCUUUUCCUAUUGAAUUUUUUUUAGCGUUCUUCAAUCCUGUGUAGCAUCGAGCUAACACGGAGCAGAUUUUUUUUUUUUUUUGGAAGCAUUAAGAAGGGAAGAGCUUAAAAUAUGUCCACCCCCUCCCUUUAUUUAGCCGGGCGCUCCUUCCUUCCUUCCAGCGAAGUUGUGGCAUCACGAGCUCGACACGAGGCCGGAGGUGAAAAGCCGAGGCUCAAGACGCCGUCGCUGGGGGGGAGACUUCACACAUUUCACCCCCCGAUUAGAGAGUUCUCUGUAAACCUGCAUAAAAGAAUAAUUCUUUACUUGUUGAUUUUCAGAUUAACCAAACGGGAGAAGAAGGAAAAAAAAAAAAUCAGCUCCCGUCGUCAUUCAAUAAGGUCAAUAUGUUACCCACUAAAUGUUUAUUUCCUUCAUGUGUCGGUGUGUGUGUGCGUCGUAUAUGCAGCCACUGUGAUGUGACAUAUCAGCAUGUACAGAUGCAAAAAGAAAACUGCUAAUUAACCGAUUAAUUUAUUUCUUUAACUUUUUUUCAUAAUGGGUUGAUGCAAAACGUCUCUUUUAUUUUUAUAUGAAUGUACUGAUGUGGAUGAUUGAGGAUAAAAGCAAAGUGUUGAUUUGUGAGUUCGUUUUUUUUCGGGAAGCUUUCGACACCCUUCUACAGCCGGGGCUUCGGAUGUCCCAGAGUAUCGCAAGAAUUCAACAACCUGUUGAAAAUGGUUGAAGUUAUCGACCGAAAAUGUCAGUUUUCUGUUAUUUAACUUGUUCUUUUGCUAGUUUACUUUUGAUAAUUUUAUGAAAAUAUGUGUUGGUAACAAGAUCUGUAAUUUAUUAUUGAUGCCGUCACGAUAAAUAAAAAUGAGCUGCUGCCAGAAAUUUAA